AUGACGCGUCGUACUCUUUUUAUACUAUUACUUACAAUCAAUAUUUUAGCGUUACCAUUGACUGAAGCUUAUAAGAUUUUGCUGGUGAGUCCUAUGCCGGCUCGGAGUCAUUCUAUUCUCGGCGAUGGACUCGUAAGACAUUUGUCUCAAGCUGGUCACGAGAUAACAUACAUUACAGCUGUACCCCAUGAAAAACCAAUGGCUGGAGUCAAAGAGAUCGACGUUAGUUCUAAUACUCGCCUAUUUAAUGUUUCAGAAAUAAGUUUAAAAUUAUUCUUAGACAAUGGCUCGCAAAUGGGUAUGAAUAGUAUAACAAUAUUGAUUAAUAUGAUGGCAACCCUUGCUGAAGAGACCUUAAAGCAUUCUUCAGUUCAAAAGCUUCUAGAAAAUCCAACUCAAGAGUUUGAUGUUAUUAUCGGUGAAUGGAUGAUGUAUGAUUUAUACGUUGGAUUGUCAGCAAUUUAUCGAUGUCCUUACAUUUGGUUUUCGUCUGUAGACCCGCAUUGGAAAGUACUAAGAUCUAUUCAUGAAAUGUCUAACCCAGUGUAUGUUCUAGAUUCAUUAUCUGCAAAUACACCACUUAGCUAUUAUCAAAGAUUGCAGGAGCUGGGAUCUCUAAUUAAACAAAUUGUUGCAGAUAAAUAUUUAGUAAAUCCAAGGGAAAAUGAAGAUUAUGAACGUAUAUUGGUGCCUAUUAUUCGCAAACGUGGCUAUCCUGUACCGAGCUUUGAAGAGUUGCGUUAUAACGUGUCUUUGGUUCUCGGAAAUUCACAUGAGUCUCUUGGCAGGACAAUGGCAUUGCCAGCUAACUACAUCAAUAUUGGUGGCUACCAUAUUGACACAAAUGUGAAGCCAUUACCUGAGGAAUUGAAGAAAAUUAUGGACAAUGCAAAGCAUGGUGUUAUUUACUUUAGCAUGGGUUCCAAUCUUAACAGUCAAACGAUGCCAGAUGAACUCAAGCAAAGCUUUUUAAAAAUGUUCGGAAGCCUGAAACAAACCGUCUUGUGGAAAUUCGAGGAUGAUUUGCCAAAUAAACCUAACAAUGUUCACAUUUUGAAAUGGGCACCCCAACCAAGCAUUUUAAAUCAUCCCAAUUGUAUUCUUUUCAUAACCCACGGUGGUCUACUUUCGACGACUGAAACUGUACAUUUUGGUAAACCAAUUAUUGGAAUUCCAGUCUUUGGAGAUCAAUUUAGCAAUAUAGAUAAAGCAGUAGCUAAGGGAUAUGCUAAAAGAGUAGAUCUGUCGUACACAAUGGCGGAUGAUAUUAAAAUUGCUAUUGAUGAUAUACUCGGAGAUCCCAAAUAUAAUGCAAAACUUAAAGAAUUAUCAAUAGUUUAUCACAACAGGGCGGUAGAGCCAGCCAAAAAUUUAGUACAUUGGGUAGAAUUCGUGGUGAAGACCGGUGGAGCAAGGCAUUUUCGAUCACCCGCAUUGGAUGUACCUCUAUUUAAAAUACUAUGCCUAGACCUUAUUUUUAUUAUUAUAGCAACAUUAUAUAUAAUUAAGAUCAGUGUUACCUUUGCUUUUAAGAAGAUAAUUCGAAAAAUGAAGCAAUUUAAUAAAAGUGAUAAAAAGAAACAAAAUUGUUCCUGUGUCUGGGGCUGGGCAGAGGGCGUCCACAGUGUAUCUUUAUCCCGAGCGGUCCUGAGCAUCUCGCUUGAUCUCACUCCAGGUCUUUCCGAUGGCCUCGGCUUCGUCAAUGAUGGUCCACCGCCAGGCGCUUUCAACGUCGACGUUAUAAUGGAUAAAAAAGUUCAUUUGCAAAACCAUAUUCUAUUCUUACCCAUGAUGGAAAACCUUUGGAAGAAUACAGCUCAAUUAGACAUUGUGCAAAAAUUUAUGAAUGAUCCAAACGAAAACUUUGACGUUGUUGUAGCCGAAUGGUUGUACGACGAAUUCGUAUCCGGAUUGUCUUCAGUUUUUAAUUGUCCUCUUGUCUGGAUAUCUUCGAUGGAUCCGCAUAGUUCAGUAGUAUCACUUAUACACGAAGACUUGAACCCAGCGUACACUUUCUUGCCUACGGCCGUAGACUACUCUUUUACAUUUUUAGACAGAGUGUAUCGGCUGAUGAGCAUGUCAAGAUUAUGGUAUUACAACUGGGUAAACGAGGAUAAAAGGAAUGAAGAUUUUAAGCAACUUUAUGGAUCAAUUGUUGCCAAAAAGGGCAGAGUACUACCUCACUACAACAACGUCAAGUACAAUGGGUCUCUUGUGCUCAGCAACUCCCAUAUACUUACAGGGGAUAAUGUUGCUUUGCCACAAAAUUUCAAACAUGUUGGUGGUUUUCACAUCAAAGACACCGCUGAACCCUUACCAGAGAAAUUGAAAGAAAUAUUUGAGAAUUCACCAAACGGUGUAAUAUACUUUAGUUUGGGUAGCAACCUUAAAAGCAGCGCACUACCUGAAUCCAUUAAAAGGGAACUCGUCAAUAUGUUCAGUGAGUUGAAAGAGACUGUAGUAUGGAAAUUUGAAGAAUCCAUGUCAGAUCUUCCAAAAAAUGUCCAUAUCAUUCAGUGGAUACCUCAACAAAGCGUUUUAGCUCACCCGAACUGUAAGCUCUUUAUCACCCACGGAGGCUUACUUUCGAAAUUAGAAGCAUUGCACUCGGGGAAGCCAAUCAUUGGAAUACCAUUUUUUGCUGACCAAUACAUUAACGUCGCCAGAGCAGUAGAAAAAGGUUUUGCCAAACGAGUGAAUUUUGGUAAUAGCAUAGCUAAUGAUUUAAGAGUUGCAAUUAAGGAAAUGAUGGAGAAUCCGAGCUAUCAACAACAUGCAAAAGAGCUGUCUAAUAUAUUCCAUGACCGUAUCCUGUCUCCCGGAAAAGAGAUGGUGUUCUGGACCGAACAUGUGAUAAAAUCCAACGGUGCUCCACACUUGCGCUCCUUAGCGCUGAACUUCAGCUGGUAUCAAAAACUGUACCUAGAUCUACUAUUAGUCAUAAUGCUAAAAUUGACAUUCUUAUACCUCAUAUCUAAAUACGUAUGUAGUAAAUUUUUUGUAAGAUCUCGCUCAAAAGGAAGACGCAACAAAGUUGAUUAAUUUUUUGUCUUAUUUUUUAUUACAAAUAGAUUACAAUAAAAUUAUACUAGUAUCUAAAA